UCUGUGCCCAUUCAGCCUCCAGAGGAAGCCUUCUGUGACCUGGACACGCGUCGUGUUUUACCGGUGGUCCAACUCUACGUGAUGCCCUCCUUCUUCCUGGUGGUGCUGAUCUUCGGGCUUCCCCUCAACCUGCUCUCCCUCUGGGUUUUCUUCCAACGCCUGCGGCGCUGGACCCGCAGCACGGUGUUCCUCUUCAACCUGACCCUGGCUGACACCUCGUGGCUGCUGGCCCUGCCUUUCCUCAUCCACUACCACCUGAACCGGUUGUACUGGCGGCUUGGGCUGCCGCUCUGCACGGCUGUCAGGACGCUCUACCACAACUACUUCUACCUCAGCAUCUUUUUCGUCGCCUGCAUCAGCGUGGAUCGGUACCUGGCCAUCGUGCACCCGCUGCGCUCUCUGGUGCUGCUGGGCCGGAGGAAGACCUGCCUGCUGUGCGUGGCGGUCUGGGUGGCCUCUAUGGUCCUCAGCAUACCUGUUGCCACCUUGAGUCUAAUCCAGACUUGCCCCGGGAGCAACCGCACCGUCUGUACCCUGUACAUACUCUUCAGUGAGACCAGGGAGACCCUCCCCUACUCCCUCCUCCUCUCCAUCAUCGGCUUUCUCUUCCCGCUGCUCUCCAUCUGCUACUGCGGCCUGCGCAGCGUCAGGGAGUUGCGCCGCCGGCCCGACCCGCACAACAAGCAGCGGCGGCUGCGGCGGGUGCUGAGCGCGGCGCUGGUUCUCUUCGCCCUGUUUUACCUACCUUACCACAUGAGCCGCAACGCCGCCAUCGCGAUGCGGGCGGUCUACCCGGACGACCCCGCCUCGUGGCGGGCCCCGGACGUGGCCUUUGCCCUGGAGAUGUGCUUCUGCAGCCUCAUCACCUGCGUCAACCCUCUGUUCAGCUGCUUCAUAGGCCGCCAGUUCAGAGAGGAGUUCCACGGCUCUUUUGCGGUCGUGUUUUCCCACUGCCCAGGCAUGCAGGUGGCCUCUCUGAUCUCCAAGAGGACCCGGAUGACGGUGAGGAAAAGGCAGAGGAUUUCCACUGUUACACCUGUGUGCGCACUACCUGCACCUGUGGAAAUGUAAAUGAAUGAUGUUAUUUGUCUAAUUCCAGUGUAUCAUGACACUGUGUAGAAAAGCUUUGUAUGUCCAUUGUUUAAUCACCAGUUUUCUCUGAUUGGUGUCAGAUAA